CACUGGAGUAAUAAUGGGAAAAUAAUGUUUGUGGGUUCUUUGGGCAAUAAGAGCGGAAACGUGAAAUACUCGUUUGAAAUACGACAGAUUUACCAUAAACAAGAUGGCGGCGCCCGGGUGAGUUUGAACAUGUUGAUGAAAUGAAUGAAAGUUUGGCAAAUAUUGAAUAGAUUUUAACUGAUGGUGGCGAUCGUUGAUGGAAACCUGUUGUUAAGCAAGCUUUAAUUCAUGACGUGCUAUGGAACUUGAAGUGACCAGAGAGAGCAGUCUUCAACAACUCAGCAGUACUACAGAUUGAUGAAGUCAUGUAGGUUCACAUGCAAAUAGUAAACGGACUGACGAAGCCAUCUCCAGAUGCGUGAAUCAUGUCUAUAACUCCAAAGAAAUGCGCCAUUCGGGUUGAUCCACCCACUCUGGUCCUGACCUACACCGACGAAGUCACGGGCAAGGACCGGCAGCGCUCCAUGCCGCUCCGCAACUUCACCAAGCGCUCGGGUGUGGACCGCUUCGUCCGCGAGCUCAAGGCCAACCCCCGCCACAAGAAGUACCUGGAGAACGUCAGUGCGAUACAGCUGGAGAAGCUACUCAGCAUCAUCAAGGAGCGACUGUCGGGCCUCAGCAUGGAGGAAUCCCUGGAGAAGGUCAAGAAGGAGCUCUCCGUGGACCCCGAUGAGGAUCUGAACCAACUUGAUGACCAGGCGCUUCAGAAGAAGAAGAGCAUCAUGGACGAGACGUUUGAGAAGAACCGGAAGAAACCGGGCGAGGAGGGCUUCCAGUACGACGUGGAUGUGGACUUUGGGGGAGGCAUCGAGUCCUCUGGCUGGGACUCGGGGGAGGAAUCUGAUCCCCAAUUUUGACUGUAGCAUGGCUGCUCCCUCCAGUUCCUUUGCAUAAAAUCCUAGUACUCUGCCCAUAGGCCUAAUUCUUUAUAAUGAAGUGAGUGAACUCGACGAACAUAUCAUAUAUAUGGCAUGUGACAAAGCCAUCGGGCUCAUUGUGACCUCGCUUGUGAUUGACUUGUGAUGGGCUCCACUGCAACUCAAGCUAGUCUGAACAUCGUAACAGUGAUAUUCUGAGAGAUACAAUUAUUAACAAAUAUUAACCAUUAUCCUAAAGUUGUCAACACUUGCCCGGCAUUGGGCCGAGUCCUAAAGCCCUCCUUUGACAUACUUUUGAGAAGGGGUUCAUUAUACAGUCAUGGUCGGGCUUUGAAAUGCAUUCCUAUCAAUUCGUACAUUGUACGAUCAAUGUUUAAAAGGUUAUACUAAUGCAGUACUUUGGCCUCAAUUUGCAUGUUGUUUGUUGACCCCAAGUGGGUGUGGUAAACCUUUUUUUCUUUAUUAUAUUUUGCAAAAUAACGAUACGUUUUGGAGUGUUUUCGUAGAGAUAAUGUAAUAUAUAUUCAAAGUAUCAAAGAAACAACUUUGCCAUUAACCCUUGCAAUUUGUGCUUCCGCAGGCCUUUUCCAAAAAAUGUGACACGCAGACAGACAGUGUAGGUUUUUUUUUUAUAUAGGAUGCGACCAAACUUGAAAGAUUUUUGGUUUGGGAUAACACUUGUAUGGUCUCUUCUGGCAGCCGACAUCAGGGCUGCCUUGGUUGUCAGUUUUAAAAUACAAACCCAGGAUUUUGUGGCCUCACCGCAGUGUCAGAACUACGUGCAACAUCAACGUAUACAACUAGAAGGUUACAGGUAUAGUGAUGAUAUAGGGAUUUUAAAUUGGCAAAAAAA